GCUGGGUGAGUGAAUGAAGUCUUUGUUGGGUAUCAAGUGACCUGUUUUCCUGUAUCAACUGUUUCUUGUCCUGAACCAUUGCUGUCAGGAUGUCUCAACUGAGAUGGUCAUUAGUGUCACAGCUACUCGUGCUGAUUGUCGUCUGCUGCCUGAGUCACUCUGUGGAAGCUAAAGUUUGUUCAAAGGUUGUCCCGGGGCUGGACAAGCUGAGGUCUGGCGUAGACCUCACCAAGCUGGACCUUCUUCCUUUGUCAGAAUUUGGAGACAACGGAUUUAGAAGCGCUGUGGUCGACUACACUUGUGACAGUGGAGAAACGAAGAUAGUUGAUGGAACAGCGUAUGAAGUCCCUGACCAGAUGGACAGCGUGACCAUUGAGUCGUCAGGGCAACAGAGUUCCAAUGCUCAGAUAAUUAAAAGUGAAAGUCAGAUCAAAGACGCGCUUGCUGUCAGUGUCGGGGUCGGUGUGGAGACAGGAAAGGUCGGCUUCUCCGCAAGCUCGUCCUACUCCAAGAUGCAGGAGUCCAUCACAAAAAGAAACCGCGCGAUUACCCAGGUGUCCGCUAUGUACAGCACGUGCUCAGGCAGCCUGUCGCCUAAUGUUAAACUUGGACAAAGUGCACUGAUACAACUUAACAAACUUCCCACAACCUUUGCUGCUGACCCACAAGGUUACUUCGGCUUCAUCGACACGUAUGGUACUCACUUCUUUAACAAGGGCAAACUUGGAGGGAUGUUUGUCUUUACGUCUGAAACAGACAUGUCAUACUUCCAGAGCAAGACAGAUGAACAGGUAGAGGCCAAUGUCAAAGCCACGUUUCUCAGCACCCUCUCCGUACAAACGGGAGUCAAAACAGACAAGAGCAAAGAAGUAUCUGAAUUUGAAGAAGCAUCGUCGAUUACUUCUAAAUUUUUUGGUGGUCAAACCAAUCUGGCUGCGGGUGGUCUGAGUGUGUGGCAGCCGACUAUUGCAAAGCUGCCAUACUUCAUGUCAGGGACACUGAGGACUAUCAGCAGUUUGAUCACAGACCCUGCCAGGAAAGCAGCUAUGGAAACCGCCGUGAAGAACUACUUUCUGCAAGCGAAGGCCGCCGAUCUUGACCGAAUGACGUACAUCCGUUUGAACACCUGGACAGACGGUCAAACAGAAUUAAACAAUCUUUUGACGCAAACAUCAAACCUCAAGAAGAAGACGGUAUUUACUGAUGCAGACGAAAAGCUGUUACAGUCUAUCGAGGAUCAAGUGCGCGUUCCAGCAUGGUUUUCAGAACGAGGCACCUUCUGCUUUAAAUCUAUUGCAAAUGGGAACAUAGAUCAGUGCAAUGGUCAGGCAGCCAGUAACCUGUGCGCUGAGCCAAACCGUUACACUCAACGGUACUGGGACAAGACCUACCUGGGCGACACCGGGUGCAAGCUGGGCUGGAAGAUAUCGGCAAGCGAGAGUCCAGACUGGUUUAAGUCUGUCAAGGUGAAUUUCCGCUGGUAUUCAGUGUGGUCUCCGUGUGCCUGUGGGCCUGUGGGCACACCCUUCACCCUUAGCGCCUCUGCCGGUUCCUGGACACAAGACUAUCUUGACGUGACCAACCCGAAAUUCGGCGAGUGCAUGAUGCAGUGGAGGAUCGAGGUGCCCACCACCGCCCCUGUUUGGGCCAGGAACAUCAAUUUCUGCGUUGACAUCACGUGCAACAAUGUGAAAGAAUGCGUGCAGGCCAACAGAUGGACACAGCCCUACCUUGAUGUCUCUGGCAGAGGAGCUUGUGGCAUGAGCUGGGGCUUAAAGAUAAAUUAGUCUUUGGUCUGUCCUACCUAAACAGUAUAAUGAUCUGUAAAGUUGUGCUCUGUCUUGACUGACAAAGACAAGCUAUUCGCAUCAUUGUAGCAAUGCGUAUCAGUAGUGCAGAGAAUAAAAAAUCAGUUGUAUGUUUAAAAACCAAA